CUGAAGGUAAAGAUGUCGSGGGAGGAAUAGUGAUCGUGGUGAAAGUAAACUAAGGAGAACAUCUGYCUGGAACAUCUUUCAACAGGAUGUUCAUUCAGAUUCUGCUGUGCUUCCUGUUUGGCCUCGGUGCUCUGGCCACAGAUAAAGACGUGACUCAGAAAGAUCCGCCGCCACUGCUGCUGGUGUCGUUCGAUGGCUUCAGRGCCGACUACCUGAGGAGGUUUCACAUGCCGAACCUGGAGCUCCUGUACAGCCAGGGGGUCCUGGUGAAGGAGCUCACUAAYGUCUUCAUCACCAAGACAUUUCCCAACCACUACAGCUUAGUAACCGGCCUGUACGCCGAGUCUCACGGUAUCCUGGCGAGCAGCAUGUACGACCCCAUCACCCACAAACACUUCAGCAUCCGGAACGACACCGACCCCACGUGGUGGAGCAACGCCAAGCCCCUGUGGCUGACGGCGUUSGACGCUGGCUAUAAGACGGCAGCCGUGAUGUGGCCCGGCUCCGACGUGGCCAUGGGCAACCGCACGCCAACGCACUUCUUUCCGUACGACUCCAAGGUGACUUUCCGGCAAAGAGUGGGCAACGUGACGAACUGGAUGCUAGGAGACGGAAAGGAACAAGGAGUGAUGUUUGCAGCUCUGUACUGGGAGGAACCGGACCGAUCUGGUCACGCUUUUGGCCCCGACAAUGCCACAGAAAUGGCUAAAGUGAUGAAGGAGGUAGAUGACGACAUCGGUCUGCUGAUGUCGGAACUGAACCGAACCGGCCUUUGGGGUCGCAUCAACCUCAUUGUGACCAGCGACCAUGGCAUGGCUCAGUGCUCGGCCGAGCGGCUCAUACGCCUGGACGACUGUCUCCAUCCUGACAACUACACCCUCGUGGACCUCACACCAGUCGCGGCACUCAUCCCAAAUGGAGACAAAGACGUUGUGUUCAACUUGCUAAAUAAAUGCCACCCCAACAUGACGGUGUACUUAAAAACGGAAAUCCCAGACCGGCUUCACUAUCGGAACAACGAGCGUGUUCAGCCAAUCCUUCUCAUCGCCGAUGAGGGUUGGACCAUAGUGAGGCGUGGGAACACGCUACCAAGAUUGGGAGAUCACGGCUAUGACAACUCAUUGCCCAGCAUGCACCCCUUCCUCGCSGCGACUGGCCCCAGUUUCCGUCAGGGUUACCAGAUGGAGAGUUUAGAGAGUGUGGACGUCUACCCACUCAUGUGCCACUUGCUGUCGGUGCCGCCGCAGCCCAACAACGGCUCCCUGAGCCAGGCGCGCCGUCUCCUGGCUGCUGAGACCCGUUGGAACGUUCCCGUGGUGAUCGGCCUGGUGGUCAGUGUCAUGCUUGUGCUAUCUGCCGUCCUCGCUGCUUUCAGGUUUAUGAAGUCCCGCCGGUCSUCAGACCCCCAACCCUUCCAGAGGCUGGAGAUCCUGGAAGACGACGACGACGACGACGAACCGCUGAUCGGGUAAAACCCACUCAGGGUUGUUCACCAUCAGUGCCUCACAUGUUGCACUUUACACGUCAACACUGCUGUGGACUCGUGCACUGACAUAAAACUGCUGUUACUGUUGAUACCAUUUCUAGCUUCCAUGUUUCUGAUGACUGACUUGACAAAAAUAAAUAAAUAAAAUAAAUAAAUAAAUAAAUAAAAUAAAAAAACUGACAUUAUUCAAUGAGCAGCAACUCCUUUUAAGAAAACAGUACAAAUGUUUUGAGUAAAGAAAAUCAUUUUAGUUCAGACAAAAAAAAUCAAAACAGUUUUGCUGACAUUAGGAGAUUUUUUAAUUUAAAUUUUUCUGUUUUUAAAGUUUGUUCUAUUUAAAGUGUAUUUUCUUUAUUUUGCCAGCAGAGAGCGCCAAGAGCCCUUUAAAGAUUGGUUGUGUUUAUAUUUUUAUGUCUUUAAAAAUAUGAAUGUCUUCAGAAGAUUUUGAAUUUAACAGUACAUUUUUUAGGGGGUUGACUUGUUACACUGACUGUUCAGUUUUUAAUCAGCAGGAAAAUACUUUUAACUGAUUUGAAUUUUUGUAUUUAUUCUAAAAGUGAGUCUGCUUUGUUCAGUAGUUGCUUACAUAUUUAGAUGUGUUUCGUAUGCAAACAUUUCCAAAGACGUCUGCUUUAGGUCAAAAUGACUGCUGAAACUCAGGCCUCCAGGGUCAAUAGGACCCUAUCAGGAGGGUUAAAAGGAAAAUUUCUUAUAUUUGUAGGUAAAUAAACCAAAUGUCUCUGGUAGAUAAAAUUACUGUACACUGGAUUCACAAGAUGUUUUUUUUUUUUUAGGUUUUGUUAUAAAUCUAAAUUUUUACCGGAAUAAAAACUGUGAAUAGUUGCUGCCUAAAAAUUAAAAGUAUAGUUUGUAAAUAUUUCAUAAUGUCAGGUGAGAACAUCAAAAUUUUGCUUCCUGUUGUCCUGACAAACCUUAAAGUUUGUUAUAUCAUUAGAAUUUGUAGUUCAACCUCAGGACUUGUCAUUGAAAAAAUAAACAAAAUAAUAAUAAUAAAAAAGACUCUAUAUUGGAUUAAUUUUUUUUUCAUGAGGCAUUUCAGAUUGGUCAGUUAUAAACACUAACCUUCCCUCACUGUUGUCCCUAAAUUGACCUGCUGUUAAAAAAAAGCAUUGGGGCAGAAAAUGGGAACAAAGUUAUAAUUUCCAACUGUUUCAGAGAGGCGGAGAAAAGGUUUAAUUUAAUUGUGACGAUGUCACAAAAUAAGACAGACUAAUGUUUUUGUCAGUCUUGGAUUGUUUUAAAAAACACCAACGUAGUUAGAGGUAGACUGACUUUUUGCUUUUUUAUAGUUUUGGCACGCCAACAUAUCCCUGAAGGAAGGUGACUGGAGUCAUUUGUUAACUUCUGAAUUUACCAAGAGAAAGACAAAUAACAAAUAAAAAUUACUGAAAGUAAAAGGUUUCGAGCCAUUUGGUGGUCCUGCUAAACACCUUACUGUAAGAUACAGCUAUGGUCCAAAAAUAAACUAAAGAAAAAACAGCUCUUUAUGGCAACCAUCAGCUGACCUGAUAUGUGAAAAUCUGUAUUAAAAAAUGCUAAUCGGUCAGUGUUUUAAAAUAAAUAAAUAUUUUUCCUCUCAA